GUUGGCCGUUGUGUGUUGGGACCGUGUGUGUUUGGACUUGGCUAUGACGAUUUUGCAAUUUUGGCCAAUACGUUGCGUUUCAGUAAGAAAAGCGUCGCCUAACGGUUUAGUACGUACGCUUUGCGUUUUUAGUUGGGGUAAUUUUGCGGUUUGUUCGUGCGUUCGUAGUUUUAUCACAGCGAUAUCACAGGAAAUAUAAAUAAUGCAUUAAUACACGCUGCACUGAAAACGAGCGCAACAGACAAAUUAAAAAUUAAAAGCCAGUAAGUUUCAUAAAAGCCGCCAUAACAACAGCAGCGGCUGACCGGCCAAGCGCAGCCCUUGCGGUGCGAAAAAGCGCCAGAAACAACGUGAACGCUCCGGCAUUUCACAUUAACACGCGCCAAGUGCUGGCAGUGAUUAGUGACAGCUGAUGGUGAUGACGUGGUGUUACGAUUUGUAGCACACAAAAAAAAAAAUACUAGAAAGUAUACGCGGCGCGUUCACACUGGUGAGACGGUUUUUUUAUUUUUAGAGCAAAAAAAAAAAAAACAUUAUAAUAAUGAAAUUUUCAAAAUCAGUGUUGAGAAAAAUUUAAUUUUAAUAAGUAACUUCAGUAGAUUUAUAUAAUUUAAUAAAAAUAAGAGCGAGCAUCGCGUAUAUAAAUAUUUGUUGCAUUUGAUGGAGGCGGGUGCGUAUACGUAACAUUGCGAACUACAGCUUCCUUCCGGUUGAAUGACCAUAUAAAACGCUACAAUGUUGUUGCCCUCGUUAUGUAUAUAUAUAUAUAAAGAGAAAUAACAGUUUUGAGUGCAUACACAGUGUUAGUGCGGGAAAGUGAGUGAGAAAACUAAGCGAAUAAGCGAAAGGCGUAGGAAGGCAGAUACGGUGCUAGCUAUGGCAACAAGCAACCUAGAAAAUACGGCGGAAAAGCAUAUAUACAUACGCACACACACACAUAAAAACUAAAUAUAUAGUGGUCUACACACUUGAAUUAUAUACACAUGUGUAUGUAUGUGUGUGCCAUAAAAGUCAAGCUAACGAAUGCAAGUAGCAACGAAUAACUAUAUGCGCCACGCUCGUUGCAAGUCAAGAUACAUGCCACAGCCAUCGCCAGGCAGCAAUUGAAAACCGAAAGAAAAGUGAAAAUUCUAUUGUAUGUGAAUGUAAAACGGGUCGAGAAAAAUUCGCAAACGACACACAUGCACACACACAGCCAGACGUAGGAAAUAUUGGUAAAAUUGUCAUUAUAAAUCUAACGUCGCAGACGCUCGGCAAACGAAAAUUCAGACAAAAAAACAAUAGAAUAGCAAUAAGAGUAAGAAAGCGUGGUGUUGAUGCGACACAGUUGGAGCAGCAGCGGCAGCAGACGAUAGUAGAUUUUACGCUCAAAGUGCUAUAAAUUAACGUACGACGACCUCAAACGAAGUUCAGACACCCAAAAGCAAAGGACAGCCGUAGACGCCCACAACUAAGCCGGUCGCAAGCACUGGAGAGACACCGUGUGUGAGUGCAGAAGAAGCAGCAGAAUUUUAGCAACAGAUUUACCUUGCAAGCUGGUGUUGCGGCCGAGACGGAGUCGCCGACGCCGUUUGUUGACACUCUCACUAAAGAUAAAUCAAUAAGUGGAAAAGUACAAGUGCAACCACACACACACAUACAUACACAGAGUACACACAUUUGGUGCACAUUAAAAUCACACACACAUACACACACAUGCGACGGGAGAGUGGUGUGCCCGUGCAGUAGUGUUAAGUGCAAAAGUAGCAGCAGCAAAAUAUUUGAAUUGCUUUGGAAACCAAACGUCCAGGCGCGCCAAAACUAGUCGGCCACUCAGCCGCUCAGCAAGCCAGCCAGCCAGUCAGUGGCCUUCAACACCUCACCGCACCACACCAGCUUAGCAGCAACGUCCACUUUUGUUUUUAAUAGUGUCAAGCAAACGGGCGCCCAGUUGCCGCCAAGCGAAGGACCGACUACUAACCCAGCUAAGUAAGUAGUUGACGCUGCCAGACUAGGGCAGCAGUAUUAGCAAUAGCAGUUGUUGUUGUAAAAGUUUUCAAGUAGCAACCGACAAAAUUCAUUCGCAAAUUAUGCUGGCCAUGUCAACACUGAUGAUGCCAGCUCCCACCAUAGCGAUGGGGGCGCCGCCGCCGAUUACAAUGGGACCACAUAAGCCACCGGAAACGAAACUGCUCGCCAUACAUCCGGCAGCUGUUGCGGCAAAUGGCGCUGGUGGCGUCGGCCAGCAGUCGCAUUUACAGCAUAACGGUCAACAUCCACAGUCACAUCAGCAACAGCCGCCACCAAAUCAGCAACAACAGCAGCAAUCCCAACAGACGCAGCAACAAAUCUCAGCCGGUAGUAAUAACAGCAACAAGCCAGUAUGCAAAUGA